GUCAUGACGCAAGACGCCACGUUCCGUUAUUGCGGCUGAAACGAACCGGGAAGAACGGAGCAAGAGAGCAGCGGACGACAAUGUUUACGUUCAGUUUAACGCUCGUACGACAUGGAGAAACACAGUACAACAGGGACAAGCUGCUGCAAGGUCAAGGAGUGGACACGCCCUUGUCAGAAACAGGUCUUGAGCAGGGGGACGCUGUGGGGAAAUACCUCAAAGACAACCCAUUUCACAAUGUGUUUGCCAGUAACCUUCAAAGAGCCGUACAGACAGCUGAAAUAAUUUUGAAGAACAACACUCACUGUUCUGGCACGGAGGUGGUUUUGGAGCCGUUACUCAGAGAGAGGAGUUUUGGUGUCGCUGAAGGACGCCACAAAGAUGAUCUGAAGAACAUGGCCAACGCUGCUGGCCAGUCAUGUAGUGACUACACCCCUCCAGGAGGAGAGACUUUAGACCAGGUGAGGCUGCGAUUGAAAAAAUUCCUCAAAGUCCUUUUCAAGCAAAUGUUGGAUGAACACGGCCGGUCAGGACCAGAUGCCUCUGCGGGAGCAUCAGAAGCUGGAGACGCAGCAAACGGGACUGCAGCUGCCGCCUCGGAUGCCGCCCCUGUUCGCUCCGCUGGCGACGGUCUGGAGGGAGUGCCGGUCCACGCUCUGGUCGUGGGCCACGGCGCUUACAUCCGUGUAGCCGUCAAGCACCUUGUGGAGGACUUAAAGAGCUCUCUGCCUGCAGGGGUGAAGAUGUCCCAGCUGCUUUCACCUUGUCCAAACACGGGCGUCAGCCGCUUCAUUUUCACCCUGAGCCAGUCCGAGUCCGGCCCGGUCCUCUCUGCUUGUCGUUGCAUCUUUACCAACAGGAAGGAUCACCUGGAAAACCUCACAGCUGCCAAAUAGUGUAAAGGGAACAAAAUGAGGGGGAAAAAAAGGUAUUAUGUACUGUUUGUGUGCAAAUGUACACAGUCUCUGACGGAAAUAAUUAUAAGGACUAAAGGGGAGAUAAGAGGCAAAGACCUUAAAGUUACCGCAGGUAACUGAAUGCAUCAUUGCACCUGGUUAAAUAUGUUUUCUGAAUAUUCAAUAGUAUUUACAAAAGACAAAAUAAGUGCAGUACUGUAUUUUCAAACUGUUUCAUCAGACUCCCAACUGUAGGCCAGUGAAGACUACUACCUUUUUAAUAAUGUAAAACUUUACCUCUUUUAUCAUGCCAUACCAAAGUCUGAAAUUAUUUAUUGAAUGUGUCAGUGCGUCAGUGCGUGUGGCAUUUUCAAGUUGAUGUGUCUCCUGUGACGCUGCUCAUUUUACUUGUGCAAUACAACAUGAUAACGCUAAAUCUUUGUUGAGUUUCAUACACACAUAAAGGAGGUAACUGAAAAUGAUUCAGGAUGCUUCUCUCACAAAUGCUGUGAAACUACAUUUAUCAUAUCCAUCAAGCUUGUUGUUCAAGGUCUUUUUCUUCUUCCUAUUUUUAGAGACACUUUUUAAUCUCGACUGAAUGCCUGAGCCUCUCAGCACGUCAUUGCCUCAAUAUCUAAAGCACCAUGUGAUCUAUUUAUGUUAAUACUGGAAAAUAAAAUAAAAAAACUAUACUUCCCAUUGAACAUAAAUGCACUUCUGAUACACUACAGAAUAU